AGAUGUCGCAAGUUCCACCUGUGAAGAAAUGGACAACGUUCGUGACGGGUGUACUGGAGUGCCUUCUGUUUGGUGGACUCAUAUUCGGCUGGGCCUCUCUUGUCAUCGUACUUAAGGGCGAAAAAUUUUUCAGCUGCCCUCCCUCCGUCAACGGACAAGAAAACGGCUUCUCUAACAGUAGCAUUGGCACGGCGGCAACACCAGUCAUUUUUUCAAACGAAACGCAAUUCACGACGGUUUCGCCUACGAGCGGUUCGAAUGCAUCUGACGUAGACUCCUGUAGCGCACCAGUAAGCGUAUGCACGUAUCAGGAUGAACAAUUGUCGCUGGUCUUCACGAUAGCCAGCGCGUGUCUCAGCUUCAUGGCGCUUCCCAACGGUAUCCUGUACGACAAGUUUGGUACCAGGAAGACCAGGAUAGUGGCAAGUUUUACAUACGCCAUCGCCAUGCUGAUGACAGCCUUCACAACAGUUGCGUCAUCUGAGGUGUUGUUUGCCUCCAUGUGCAUCAUGGCUGUGUCUGGAGGAUACCUGCUCAUCACCAACAUGCAGAUUGGAAACCUGUUUGGAGACAAGCGGUCGACUGUCAUCACGUUGGUGAAUGGAGCCUUCGACUCUUCUUCCUUUGUGUUCCUUGUCGUUCUGAAAAUCUACGAGGGCGGGGUGAGCUUCAAGGCCAUUUUCCUCUUCUACGCUGUGGCCGCCUCGUUGUUGCUGUUACGUUCCCUCUUCCUGCUGCCGUCCAAACAGUUCCCCUGGCCCGUCCCACCAGACUACAACUAUGGCAUCUGCAGGGGCAAAAACACCAGCAGGAGACCACCUGGUGCUGAUGUUGAACUGAACCACAACCAUGAGGCAGGGGAACUGCAGCAGGAGGCCUUAAUGUCCAACGGAAAUGCACAGCAAAAUGAAGAAGAGGAUGAGGAAGAGAUCAGCACACCUGAGCUGUAUUACCCCACCUUCAUGAAGGGUCUGAAGUCUGGCAUGUUCUACACACACAUCUUCUGGUUCUCCGUCAUCCAGCUCAGAAACUACUUCUUUAUGGGCACGUUUAACCCUUGGAUGACCAAGCUAGCCGAGGACAACGGCUGUGUAGUCAAGAGUUACACGGAAGCGUUCGCCCUCACGCAGCUGUUUGGGGUGUUUUGCGCCCCCAUGAACGGACUGAUCAUGGACACGUACCGCAAGUACGCCACCAAGAAGAUGAUGCAGGAUAAGCAAGCAGGUGUUGAGCCAGCCUACACCAAAGCGAGCUUGGACCUUCGCUCCUGUGUGGUCGCCUUCAGUCUCACCACGUUCCUGGGUGUGCUGUUCUCCGUAUGUGUGGUCAUACCCGUCCUGCCCAUCCAGUACCUAUCCUUCAUACUACAAGUCGUACUUAGGUCCUUUCUAUACGGCGGGAACGCUACUUUUUUUGCAGUAGGUUACCCACCUCGCCACUUUGGCAAGAUGUUUGGUGCAGACAUGUUCAUAGGCGGGGUAGUCAGCUGUUUCCAGUACCCCCUCUUCAUUCUCACACAGGAUGUCUUCCAGAAAAACCCUAUGCCACUACCCUCCACGACACUUUGGGAAGAUGUUAGGGUCCAACUAUGGUGUUGGAGGAGUCAUUCUCAUGCUGCAGUACCCCAUGUUCUUUUUGGAUUUCACUUCAGUAAACAUCAUCCUAUUGGUGCUGACAGCACUGACCGUCAUCCACCCUGUGUACCUGUACUUCCACUGUAAGUGGCUGGACCGGCAGUAUCAGGAGAACGGGCCGCAGACCGUGAAGAAACGGCGACAGAUGGAGGACGAGAAUCUCCUCGUGGUGGACCAAGUGUCCACCAUAUAGAUCUAUCAGUUUUGGCGACGCCUCAGGGGCGGAGCCAUUUAUAUAGUACUGCAAUUGGUUGGAAAUAAUCGAAAUAUUCCACCAAUGCAUUCCCUAGGGAAUUGCUUUUUUGGUGACACCUUGUUGGACCUACUCUCCAAGCUAGUGAUGCAUACCGGUUCACUAGACUUGGAUCCGGACUUGUAAGAAUGUUAAGGUU